UGUUGACGCCCUCGGCUGCUGCGGUGGCGACGGGGCGGUUGGGGAGGGGCCAGUAGACAAGGUAGAGGCGCAGCGAGCAGGCAGCGGCGGGGGCUGCCGAGACGAUGGCCGAGGGGCCGGAGCAGCCGCGAGGCCGCCCCCCGGGACAGGGCGACGGCGGAGGCGACCUCGAGCCCGUCCCUUCCCUGCGAGGCCCUCCUGCCGCCGCCGCCGCCCCCGCCCCGCGCCCCCGGGACGGGCCGCAAGCCGAGCCCCAGGCCCCGGGCCGGCCUCCCGCCGCGGACCUCCCGCCCCCUGCGGCGGCCGCCGGGGAGACGGAGCCGCCGCCGCGCGGGCCCGGGAGGCGCGAGGAGGAGGAGGCGGCGGCGCCCGAGCCCGGCGGUGCGGGGCUGCGGGAGCCCGCGGGCUGCGGGGCGCCCGAGGCCGCGGCGCCGCGGGAGAAGCCGGCGCGGCUGAGCGCCCGCGAGUACUCCCGGCAGGUGCACGAGUGGCUGUGGCAGUCCUACUGCGGCUACCUCACCUGGCACAGCUGCCUGGCCGCGCUGCCCGCCUACUGCAGCCCGCCGCUGCCGGCGCCCGGCCCCCCCGCGGGGGGCGCGGCCCCUGCGGCCGGGGCGCCGCCGCCGGGCUACUACAGCCCCUUCUACUUCCUGGGCGCCGCGGGCGCGGAGCCCGGCCCGGGGGCGGCUCCCGGCGGCGUCUCCUCCGCCCCGGGCCCCGGCCCCGGAGCCCGGGCUCCUCACGGCCAGGGGGCCGCCGUGCGGGCCGCCUCCGGAACGAGGGUGGGCUCCGCCGCCCCUUCUCGGACCUCCAGCGAGACCGGGCGCCAGGCAGCAGGCAGAGAGUAUGUUAUUCCAUCCUUGGCCCACAGAUUUAUGGCAGAGAUGGUGGAUUUCUUCAUUCUCUUCUUUAUAAAAGCAACUAUUGUCUUAAGCAUUAUGCACCUCAGUGGAAUAAAGGAUAUCUCUAAGUUUGCUAUGCAUUAUAUAAUAGAAGAAAUAGAUGAAGACACAUCAAUGGAAGAUUUGCAGAAAAUGAUGAUUGUGGCUCUUAUAUACAGAUUACUAGUUUGUUUCUACGAGAUAAUUUGCAUUUGGGGAGCAGGCGGAGCUACCCCAGGGAAGUUUCUGCUGGGGCUUCGAGUUGUGACAUGUGACACGUCAGUGCUUAUUGCACCAAGUCGGGUUUUAGUGAUUCCUUCCUCAAAUGUUAGCAUUACAACGUCCACUAUACGAGCAUUGAUCAAGAAUUUUUCUAUUGCUUCUUUUUUCCCUGCUUUCAUCACACUGCUGUUUUUUCAGCAUAAUCGAACAGCCUAUGACAUUGUAGCAGGAACCAUUGUGGUAAAAAGAAAUGGGGUCAGAUGAUGCCCCCAAAAGCCCUGAAUUCCAUACUUUCUGGAAUGAUGACAAGACUAAAUUAUGUAUCAAGGCCAUCGGUAUCCCUGGGUUACAUUAACUGAUGAUUUAGAAAUUAAAGCAGUCACUCCAGUGAGAUACAGGUGACCAUUCUGAAAGUGUUGAUUUUACUUGAAUGCCAAAGAACUUUUCCAGAAGAAAAACCUGUUUAAAUUCAAGAGUUUAAAUUUUAGAUAAAAAAGAAGGCAAGUGGUUUCAUAAUCAACAAUGGACAAAAUAUACUAAGUUCUAAGGCAUUAGAAUUUGCUGAAAGCAUUUUCAGCUUUGAAAUCCUGAAAUGAAACUUUAAAAAUUUAUUUUGGUUUAUCCCAAAAUGAUGGAAAAUGUACAGUUGUGUUUUAUAAACACAUUAUUCAUCUUUUAGUUAACACUUCUUGGGGAAAUUGUUCUUUGCUUUUUUGGGGGAGUGGGGACACAAAUUGAUAAUCCACUUAUCUCCAUCCCAGGAGGUGGUGAGUUAGCUACAAGAGAAAGGGGCAUGUGAGGCAGGCCCAGCAGUUCCCUUACCUAAAGUUUUAAAAUCUGCACUGCAGUUUACUGUGGGAAUGAUGUAACUUUACAACUAUUGUUAAUACUUCAACAUGUAUUUUGGGGCAAAGUUUUGCAUGAUGAUGAAAAAGUAUUGUCAUAUUGCUAUAUUAACGUCGAUUUUAUUUUUUUAAAGAGAAGAUAGUGAUUGCUUUUAAUGGGGAGGGGGGAUAAAUUGUCAUUGUAAAUUUAACUUAAAAUUCAUGUGCAAGUAUUUUCAGUGCCCCAAAUCAAACUAUAAAUAUGGAGGAAGGGGAAUUACUUCCAUCAAAUUGUUGCAUAUUUACUGUAAAACAAUAUUCCCAGUAUGUGUGCAGCAUGAAGAAAGUAUUAGUGCUUUUCAGUGUUCUGAAUAUAACCUCUCUACACACAGGAUAUCUACACACUAGUUUCAUUUUAUAUUUUAUAUAGUUCCAUAACUUUUGAAACAUCAAGUUAAAUAAUCUGAGUAUUUCAUGAUUAAAUAUGGUAACCUGUGAAAUAUUAGCAAUUUUCCCAUAAUGGACUAUUCUAAAACAAGGAAGAGUAGCAUUUCCAGACAUAAUUCUAAGUUCUUUGGUUGUCUGAGCCAAAAGCUUGUUUUUUGGGCCUGCCAUGGAUGAUGUUUUGAAGGAAAUGGUAAGCUAAGUAACACUGUGUAUUGCUAUUUUAUUUUCCUAUUGAAGCAAAGUUGUUUCAAAUGUGGGGAUGCUUUUGUUAGAUGAUCCAGUUAGCUGCGUUGAGAUAUACCUGAACUAAAAGUUUUGUUUCUUAGACAUUUCUCCAACUCUGAUAGUUUUCAAAAAACAAAACACUAAACUGUUGGACAGUUCAUUAUUAGACUGCUUAAAGGGUCAUUCUAGGCUUUAUUUUUGGUGUUAAGCUUAUUAGCAAAUGGAAGACACGUCUAUCACUGUAUCAAUUUUUAAAGUGGAUUUUUCUUUGAUAUUUAAAACUGAAAAUAUUCACAGUUAAUGGUUAUAGAAACCUUAAUAGUAUCCUUAUACCCUUUGUAAAACUGCAUAACCAUGUUUUUUCAAAAUAAGUUAUAUUAAAUACAUCACAGAUAGCCUGUCAGUUAAGUGUGUCAUAGUAUUAAACAGAUCAUUCACUUGUAACCUCUGGGAAGUUAUGGCCCUUCACAAUAAAAAGUAAUAAAACUAAAAUUUUAUGAGACUAGAAAUUAGGAAAUGUUACACAAACUUACCACUUAGUAUGAAAUUCAAGUUGAAAUGCCCUUCAGUCAUGUAAUUCUGGAAUUUACCUUCAAUGUAUCAUUUCCUCAGGUAUUGGAUGGUUUACCACUUAGCCUCUUUUUAUUUAUAUAGUACAACAGAGCAAACAAGUAGUCUAGUUUAAUUUGUUACACUUAAAACAUUGUACAUAUGUGUAGAUUCAUUUAGAUCCAUCUCAGGAUUCAAGUUAUACUAUAUAACUAUAUAGUAUUAUUUUGUCUUUUACAACAACAAAAGUAUAACUAUGAAUUCAGCUCUUAGGAAAAGAUUUUGAUUCCCAAAUAAUUGAAAAAAGUGACAAAACAACAGGGAGGAGCCAUUUUUUCUCUGGAAUUGUGAAGAGUGGAGAAUCCCUCUUUUCUGUACUUUAUUUAGUAUACAUCUUAUAGAAAUGCUGAUUUUCUGUGUCAAAGUGUAAUUCUCAUGCUGAAGCGCUGGCCUAAAAGGCAGAAAGUUAUCGUCAUAGUACAAACAUAAUUUAUUCAUCACUUUUUUAACAUAAGCAAAUGACACAAAAAUUAGGAGUCAAGAUGAGAACACACUUUCUAUGAAUGUCCUCUAAAAACCAUAGAACACUUUGGUUAACUUUAGGCCCCUAAGAAAUCACAGUACUCAUUACCAAAGGUAACUUGUCUAGUUCAUCUUGGGGAAGUCUGACACUAAUAUUCCCCCCUGGGCCUAGAGUAGGUAUGUGUGAGUGAUGGCAAGCCUUGCUUUUAGACUAAUCUGUGACCACAGAAAUAAAGCUAACAAUUUAAAAUAUUGCCCACCUGAUGAUGAUACUUGAGUGAGACUGGUUCACAAGUUACUUCUACAUAAACAUUUACCUUCCAGUUUUACUCAAAUAUUUAGGGUUGCAGGAAAAUGUAUUAUAUUAGAGGGCCACUUUGUCUGAAUUGUAAAAGUGCAUCUUCAGUGUUUUUUGUUUCAAAUGAUAGUAAAAUGUUUUAACUCUAAAAGAUGUUCCCUUUUGUUUCACUAACGCAUAAGUAUUUCCAGCAAAAAGGUGGGAAUUGGAAAUUAAUUGGUUACUUGGGAAUAAAGGGCUUUUUGAGAGGAACGGGGGCAUUAAAUAUUUUCAUUCUGCAUCUAUCCCAGGCUCUUAUUUUGAAGAAUAUUUCUAAAUAAUAGUAUUCCUAAAAUCUGACAACUAUCAAUUCAAUUACUUGCCAUUUUCCACCUCCCAUACCAAAAUUUGAAAUUUUUUCAUGUACUAGUAGUACUUGACUGGUGAAGUCUGUCAUUUCAAACUGUAUAUAUCCUUGCAGCCAUUAUAGUAGGGCUUGACCCACAAAUAAUAUCUGAUGGCCUGACCUAUAAAAAAACACAGCAUUCUAUUUUUAAUAAUUUGUAUGCCACCAAUUUGUAUUCUUUGUCUCAAUAAAUCCUUGGUCACCAAUGA